AUGAAACAUGUCGAAGUUGACGACCAGCUGGUCAGUGCUGCCACUCCAGCACCAAUACCCGAAGAGGAUCUCAAGAAGAGCGAAAGAGAUCUUGAAGAGGGAUCAACAUCAGUCGAAUUCGAUGAUCCUCCUUCCGACGACCCCAAUGCUGUUGAUUGGGACGGCCCUGACGACCCAGCCAACCCCCAGAAUUGGUCAACCAAAAAGAAGACAAUCAAUGUCAUCCUCGUCUCAUCGGUUACAUUCGUCACGCCACUUGCGUCCUCCAUAUUUGCACCAAGUAUCGAUCAAGUCAUGAGGGAGUUCCACUCGACAAACGAGCAACUGGCAUCGUUCAUCGUCUCGGUAUACCUUCUCGGCUACUGCUUUGGUCCCCUAGUCAUCGCGCCCUUGUCUGAAAUGUACGGCCGACUCCCGCUGUACCACAUCUGCAAUGUUCUCUUCGUCGCCUUCACUGUGGCCUGCGCCAAGGCCCCUAACCUGGGGGGACUGAUUGCAUUCCGACUCCUUGCUGGUCUUGCUGGAUCCUGCCCGUUGACAAUCGGAGCUGGCUCGUUAGCUGAUAUGAUCUCCAAGGAGAAGCGUGGAGCUGCCAUGUCUUCGUGGGCUCUCGGACCUCUUUUUGGACCAGUAAUUGGACCAAUUGCUGGUGGAUAUCUUUCGUCAGCGAAGGGCUGGCGAUGGUCUUUCUGGGUUGUUGCUAUUGUUGCUGGUGCUAUCACGAUUGUUGCUUUCAUUUUUAUGAGAGAAACAUAUGCGUACGCUCUUCUUGAGAAGAAGACCAAGAAGCUGCGCAAAGAAACAGGGAACACUAAGCUUCGGUCAAUCCUUGACAAUGGCACGACUACGGAGGAAGUCUUCCGCCUGGCCAUUACGAGGCCUACUAAGAUGCUUCUCUUCGCGCCCAUCGUGUCGCUACUAUCAUUUUACAUGGCUCUGGUGUACGGGUAUCUCUACCUCCUCUUCACAGCUAUGCCAUCACUCUUUGAAGGAGAAUAUCAUUUCUCCAGCGGAUCAGUUGGCCUGUCGUAUAUUGGUCUCGGAGUUGGCUCCUUGACAGGCCUUGUCAUUUCUGGAGCAUCAAUAGACCGCUUUGCUCAGUAUCUUACUAGCAAGAAUGGUGGAGAGCCCAAGCCAGAGUAUCGACUUCCGUUCAUGGGGGGAGCCUGCUUCAUCGUUCCGGCUGGAUUAUUUAUGUUCGGAUGGUCUGCUGAGAAUAAAGACCAUUGGAUUGUGCCAAUAAUCGGUACUUCGUUCUUGGGAUGUGGCAUGAUCAUCGUAUUUAUGUGCAUCUCAGUCUACCUGGUCGAUGCCUAUGUUCAGUAUGCUGCGUCUGCCAUUGCUGCAAGCACUGUACUUCGUUCGCUGGUCGGGGCAUUAUUACCUCUUGCAGGACGAAGUAUGUACAAGAGCCUAGGUUAUGGAUGGGGAACCUCGCUGCUAGGCUUCAUUGCAGCUGCAGCGAUCCCAUUGCCGUUUGUCUUUUACAAGUACGGCGAAAGGAUUCGAAGAAAGAACUUGUUUGACGUCAAGUUCUAG